AUGUCUAUGAAAUCAAAUUCAGCAUUUCAACGUCUUCAAGCUGAAUAUCGUCGUUUAGCUAAAGAUCCAAUUCCAUAUUUAACAGCUCAACCAUUAUCAUCAAAUCUAUUAGAAUGGCGUUAUGUUGUACGAGGACCAAAUGAUACUCCUUAUGAAGGUGGAGUAUAUCAAGGAAAAAUUGUUUUUCCUGUUGAAUAUCCUUAUAAACCACCAAGUAUAUAUAUGUUAACACCUAAUGGAAGAUUUAAAACUAAUACAAGUUUAUGUUUAACAAUAACAUCAUUUCAUCCUGAUUCAUGGAAUCCAUCUUGGUCAAUAUCAUCAAUAUUAAAUGGUUUUUUAAGUUUUAUGUGCGAUACAAGUGCAACAUUUGGUAGUAUAGAAAGUACAUAUGCACAAAAACGUAAAUUUGCUUAUGAUUCAUUAUCAUAUAAUAUUCAAGAUUCAAUAUUUUGUGAAUUAUUUCCUGAUAUAACUGAUGAAAUAAAAAAAACUUUAGAUGAACGAACUGCUAAAUUAUCAACAAUAAAUUCUAAUUCUAAUUCUAAUAAUCAACAACAAUCUAUUUUAUCAUCAACAUCAAAUAGUGAUUCAUCAUCAACAUCAUGGUUUAAUAAUCUUAUUGGAAAUUUAAUGAUUCUUGCCUUAUUAGCUGUAUUUGCUAUUGUUGUUCGAUUUAUUCUUAAUUCAACAGCUGAAAUACAAUAA